CGAUUUCGUUAUUCAGAGUUCAGGGCGUGCCGGCUAAGUACCCGGAUGUGAUAGGCCAUGUGCACUUCCAUCUGGACAGUCUUCACCUCCAGUCGUUUUUGCACCUCGUCUUACCCGACGUGCCUCCUCUUGUCGCCGCUUCAAACUCUACACAUCACAAACAUGUUUCGUCUACCCACAGUCAUGAAGCAGGUGAGGCCAGUGUGCAGGAGGCUGGCUCCUCACCUAACGCGCUGCUACGCCAAAGAUGUCAAGUUCGGAGCUGACGCACGUGCCCUCAUGCUGCAGGGUGUCGACCUGCUGGCCGAUACUGUUGCUGUCACCAUGGGCCCAAAGGGCCGUACGGUCAUCAUCGAGCAGAGCUGGGGAAGCCCUAAGGUCACCAAGGACGGCGUGACGGUGGCCAAGAGCAUCGACCUGAAAGACAAAUACAAGAACAUUGGCGCCAAGCUGGUGCAGGAUGUGGCUAACAACACCAACGAGGAGGCAGGCGAUGGCACCACCACCGCCACUGUGCUGGCCCGCGCCAUCGCCAAGGAGGGCUUUGACACCAUCAGCAAGGGUGCCAACCCCGUGGAGAUCCGCCGCGGUGUCAUGAUGGCUGUGGAGAAUGUCAUAAACGAGCUGAAGCGGCUCUCCAAGCCCGUCACAACGCCGGAGGAGAUUGCUCAGGUUGCCACCAUCUCUGCUAAUGGCGACACAGAGAUUGGAAACAUCAUAUCCAAUGCCAUGAAGAAAGUCGGCCGCAAAGGAGUCAUCACUGUCAAGGAUGGCAAAACUCUUCAUGAUGAGCUGGAGGUCAUUGAGGGUAUGAAGUUCGACCGUGGUUACAUCUCCCCAUACUUCAUCAACACUGCCAAGGGUCAGAAAUGUGAGUUCCAGGAUGCCUACCUCCUGCUGAGCGAGAAGAAGAUCUCCAGUGUGCAGAGCAUUGUUCCCGCCCUGGAGAUUGCCAACCAGCACCGCAAGCCUCUGGUCAUCGUGGCCGAGGAUGUUGAUGGAGAGGCCCUCAGCACCUUGGUUCUCAACAGGCUCAAGGUGGGGCUGCAGGUGGUAGCUGUCAAAGCGCCAGGCUUUGGAGACAACAGGAAGAACCAGCUGAAGGAUAUGGCCAUCGCCACCGGAGGCACUGUGUUUGGAGACGAGGCCCUUGGUCUGGCCCUGGAAGACAUCCAGGCUCAUGACUUUGGUAAAGUGGGUGAGGUGCAGAUCACCAAAGACGACACCCUUCUGCUGAAGGGAGGCGGCAAGCCGGCCGACCUUGAGAGGCGGGCGGCGGAGAUUGUGGAGCAGUUGGAGAGCACCACCAGCGACUACGAAAAGGAGAAGCUCAACGAGCGUCUUGCCAAGCUUUCUGACGGAGUGGCCGUGCUCAAGGUGGGAGGGACGAGCGAUGUGGAGGUGAAUGAAAAGAAGGACCGUGUGACAGACGCCCUGAAUGCCACACGGGCUGCUGUGGAGGAAGGCAUUGUGCCAGGCGGCGGCUGCGCUCUGCUGCGCUGUAUCCCAUCCUUGGACAGCCUCAAAACCGCCAAUGCUGACCAGAAAAUUGGCGUUGACAUUAUCAGGCGGGCUCUCCGCAUCCCCGCAAUGACAAUUGCCAAGAACGCUGGCGUGGAGGGCUCACUGGUGGUGGAGAAGAUCCUGCAGGGCCCUACCGAGGUCGGCUACGACGCCAUGCAGGGCGAGUACGUUAACAUGGUGGAGAAGGGCAUCAUCGACCCCACCAAGGUGGUGAGGACGGCACUGCUGGACGCUGCGGGUGUAGCCUCCCUGCUGUCCACCGCUGAGGCUGUGGUCACGGAGAUCCCGAAGGAGGAGAAGGAGAUGCCUGGAGGAGGCAUGGGUGGCAUGGGCGGUAUGGGCGGCAUGGGUGGUGGUAUGGGUUUUUAAAAGCUUGCAGUCCUCCCUCCACGACUGUACAGACUAAAAGGUCGGAAUGGUGCCUCCAAGACUCCUCUGCACCAAUUUUCCACCAAACUUUGGCCCCCCCAAAACUCACUGACCAACCGCCAGGAUGUCUGAUUCUUCUCCAGAGGAGCCUGUGUCACCUUGCCAUGCAUCUGAGACCUUCUCAGCACAAAUGUAUGUCAAAGUUAACCUUACCAUUUUUUCCCCUGCAGGAAUGCCAGGUGAACGUUUACAGGGACUGCACCCUCUGGGUUGUUCUAACAAUUAAGACCAUGUGACUUGCAUUCCCACAAUUUCUCAAAGUCAUGUCCGGGGACCUCAUAAUGUAAGAAGACAACCAUCAGGCAUUUUUGCUAAAAUCCCUUGACUACUUCCUGCAGUGGAAAAACUGACUCGGCAUCUUGUGAAGCUCAUCUUGUAAAGACAUAACACUGAAGAAGAUGGAGCAUGUGACGUGAAGCUAGGAAUGUCGCUGUCGUAUGUCGUUACUUAAUUUUGUUUUGUUUUUUAUAUGUGUGUGAAUCAUGUUUUUUUUUCCCUGAUGCAGGCGAAGGCUUAUUUGAUUUAAUUAAAACAAUUUUUCAAAUUAUUUUUUGUGGUCUGUAUGUUGAAUGCAGAGUGCCUACAAUGUAGAACAGAUGAGGACUGUCUAAAAACAAAAUAUGUAGAAUGUUCUACACCGCAUUUAAAAAAGUAGCUGUUUUCCAAUACUUUAUUCCCUCGAAACUAACAUAGCAGUGAUUGUUCCAUUUGUUUUGUACAAUGUAGACAGAUUAGUGGUGAUUUUUCAGUUAAAUAAAUUUGAAUGUGUUACCCUC